GGAGCGCAUGCUGCCCCGCGACCCUGGCGUGCCUGGCUCCAAGCCGGGCGACUGGAUCUGCCCUGGCUGCAACGACCUGCAGUUCGCCCGCAACCCGGUGUGCCGCCAGUGCCGCACCCCGCGCCCCGCGGGCGCCGGCGGCCAGAACACCUUCGGGGAGGCUGGCGACUGGAUCUGCUCCGUGUGCGGCGACCUGCAAUUCCGCAGGAACACCGAGUGCCGGAAGUGUGGCAACACCAACAAGGACAGCUCGACGUCCGCCGACGCCACCAUCGCAGCGCAGCAGCAGGCCGCGGUCGAGGCCCAGGCGAUCCAGGCGGCGCUCAUCGCGCAGGCGGCGGAGGGCGGCUGCAUGGACCCGACGGCCAUGGCGGCCACGGACGAGGCCAGCCAGACGCUGUACCUGGAGCAGCUGAAGGCCAUGUACGCCAUGGGCGGCGUGGAGGGCAUGUCCGUGUUCGGCGGCGGGAUGGAGGCGGCGGCGAAGCCGGACGUGAAGGCUCAGCUGGAGGACCUCCGGCUCCAGCUCGCCAGGGCCAAGGGCAACGAGGAGGACUUGAGGCGCUUCAACAAGAAGCUGGACGAGAAGAUCGAGGAUUUAGAGAAUCAGGUGGCGCUCACGCGCGGCAUCGCGGCGCUCCAGCCCGACGCCAGCCAGGACCCGCUGGGCGCACAAUUGGCCGCCACCCAGGCCCAGGUGCAGGCGCAGGCGCAGGAGAUCCGCGCCCUGUAUUACAAGCAGGCCAAGCAGCAGAUGCUGCUGCCCGAGGGCGGCGCGGACACCGCCGACGUGCCCGUCGGGCACCUCGUCGUGGAGGCGGACAAGAUGUUCUUCCUGGACAGCAAGACGUCGCAGCUCUUCGAGGUGCCCGCGAAGGGGCCCGAGACGCAGGAGUUCCUGAAGUGCUUCCCGAAGGCCGUGCACGCCGCGAGGCAGGCCUCCACGUCCACCAAGCCCGUGAAGCAGCACGACAGGAGCGCCGUCCCUGCCCGGGGCGGGGACAGCGCGGAGCGCCUGAUGCGCACCGUGCGCCUGACGAACCUGCCCCCGAAGGUGGACAGCUCCGUCAUCAUGAAGAGCAUGGGCAAGGCUUUUGGGGAGGUGGCCUGCUUCAACGUCGAGGUGGACCCGCAGACCAAGCAGUCCUUCGCGACGGUCGAGUUCCGGGAGUCCUUCGCGGGCAUCAAGGCGUCCAGGGCGAAGCAGCUCGGCCCGAUCACGAUCGCGCCGUCGCCGGCCUGCGUCCGCCAGGAGGAGGGCCGGGGCCGCAGCCGCAGCAGAGGCCGCCGGUGAGGCGCCCCGCGCCGGAAAGCCGGCGGGCGCCGCGGGCGGCUGCACGAACGCCCGCUGCUGCCCCCGCCUGCUUGGCCUGGCGCCUGUGCUCUGCUGGUGGCGCGGGGGGCGUGUGCGUGUGCGGAGGUCACGAGCUGGGAGGGCGGCGUUACGGUCACGAGAGCCGAGGAGGCGCGUGCUGCCAAGUAGGCGUGG